CCAACUUUAGUUAAGCUCAAACUUUAACUUUUCCAGGGUCCAAUAAAGCAGUGAGUGGUGUGUGCAGAUGAGGGCAUGAUUAGAGUGACUCAGAGAUAAACCCAGGUGUGUGUGUGCGUGUGAGACUUCUGUAGGCUCUGUAUCUCCGCUGGAUCACUGCAGAGGCUCACACUAUCGAGGUGUGCCGAGUUUUGUUGCAACACAAAACAACAAGCAGCAGCAGCAGCUCUAGCCGUCCUGCAGUCUGAACGCCCGGGCUCUGAACACGCUUUAAAGCUGCAGAAAUGUCUCCGAAGAUUUUGGCAGCUGUCCGCACCGCUGUUCUGCUUUCUAAGCCUGGGAGAGGAGCGCACAGAGCAUGGACACCUAUUUUAGCUGCUCAACCCAACUGUGCCAUCCAUGUAGACGGUCCACCCAAUGUACCGACUUUGACAACCAGCUAUGCUCAUGGUGUCUCCUCCGAGUCUCUGCAGUCUCUCACUGUGGGCAAGGCACUGCGUUUGACAACAGAGCGCUAUCCGGACCGCGAGGCCGUAGUGUUCGUGCAGAGUGGCAUCAGGAAGACCUUUGCUCAAUUCCAAAAUGACGUGGAUCAGGCAGCGGCAGGUCUUGUGGCUUUGGGGCUGAAGAAAGGAGAUCGGUUAGGAAUGUGGGGACCCAACACAUAUGAAUGGGUUGUGAUACAGUAUGCCACAGCCAAGGCUGGAAUCAUUAUGGUGUCAGUGAAUCCAGCUUAUCAGUUACAGGAGCUGGAAUAUGCAUUAAGAAAGGUGCAGUGCAAAGCAAUUGUGUGUCCAACACAGUUUAAGACGCAGAAAUACUGUGACAUGUUGAGGCAACUCUGCCCUGGGAUGGACACUGCUUCCCCUGGGGGGAUAAAGAGUUCCAGAUUGCCAGACUUGAGUACAGUGAUUUUGACAGACAGUAAGCAGCCUGGGACCUUUAGCUGGACUGAUCUGAUGGAGGCGGGGAGCAGUGAUCACUUCAACCAGCUGCAGGACAUCCAGAAGACACUGUCCUUUGACGACCCCAUUAACAUCCAGUUCACAUCGGGAACAACUGGUAGUCCAAAAGGAGCUGCCCUGUCCCACCACAACAUUGUCAACAAUGCCUACUUUAUUGGCCUGCGUAUGGGAUAUCAGUGGAGGAAAAAUGUACGAGUUUGUGUGCCAGUGCCACUUUACCACUGUUUUGGCUCAGUGGGUGGAGGCAUAGUAAUGGGAUUACAUGGAAUCACAAUGGUCUUUCCCUCCUCUGGUUACGAUGGGCGUGCAAACCUUGAAGCUAUGCAGAAUGAGAAGUGCACAUUUGUCUAUGGUACCCCGACCAUGUACAUAGAUAUGCUGGGUCAGCCCGACUUGGCCAAGUUUGACAUAUCGUCUGUUCAGACAGGAAUUGUAGCUGGCUCUCCCUGCCCUCCUGAAGUAAUGAGGAAAGUUAUCAAAGUCAUGGGCAUAAAGGAACUUACAAUUGGAUACGGCACCACUGAGAACAGUCCUGUGACUUUCUGUGGCUUCCCUGUUGACAACUUGGAGAGAAAGACAGAGACUGUUGGAUGCAUCGUCCCUCACACUGAGGCGAAGGUGGUCAACCCUACAACAGGAUUUACUGUUCCUCUUGGAACUCAAGGAGAGCUGCUGAUAAGAGGUUACUGCGUCAUGCUGGAAUACUGGCAAGAUGAGGCUAAAACCAGAGAAUGCUUCACUAAAGACCGCUGGUACAAAACUGGUGAUAUCGCCACAUUGGACGAGUUUGGUUACUGUAAAAUUGUGGGCCGAAUUAAAGACAUGGUGAUCCGUGGAGGAGAAAAUAUCUACCCUGCUGAAAUUGAACAGUUCCUGCACACACAUCCCAAAAUCCAGGAAGCACAGGUGAUUGGAGUGAAGGAUGAAAGAAUGGGUGAAGAGGUUUGUGCCUGCAUCAAACUGAAGGCUGGGCAAGAAUGUACUGCAGAGGAGAUCAAGAACUACUGCAAAGGCCAGAUUUCCCAUUACAAGAUCCCUCGUUAUAUCACUUUUGUUGAGAGCUAUCCUCUGACUGUCUCAGGAAAGAUCCAGAAGCACAAACUGCGAGAGCAGACAGAGAAACAGCUGGGACUGUGAAUGGAAUACAUGUCUGGUAUUUCACCUGUAUAAAAAUACAGAAAUAAUUGUUGAAUAAACUGUUGAUGUUCUGCUUCAUAAUUCAUGUAUCUUAAUUUCACUCUGUGUUAUUCUUAUUCUAAGUAUAAAAGUACAUUACAUUAUUAAAUGAUUUUAAAAAGUUUUUAAUGUGACCUUUAAAGAGCAUCAAAAUAAGAUUUUUUAAUUACAUUUUAGUUAAUCUAAAAAUGUUUGUAUUUUUUGUUCAUAAGACAAUUCAAAAAGCUAAACUGCUAUAUAUUAUUUUCAUUACACAUAAGGUGAUAUAUUUCAAGAGGGUGCCAGAUGGAUGGGACAAACAAGUUCUGCAUGCAUUUAACAUUUCUUGAUGCACAAGAACACACCUGGUACACACCUUGUCCUGUGUGUACCAGGAAUACAUCAUAGAACACAUUACCACCCACAGUGGACAGGCUAGAAUUGAACAUGCGGACAGAUAAGCCACUUAUUUGGCCUGUCAGUGAAUAAAAUAUGACAGUUUAACUUUUUGAAUUAAACUCUGAACACAUUUUAAAGAUGCUCUAAUGUACUUUUUUAUACCCUGUUGAUGUCAACCUUGUGGAUUUAAUGCACAUAAUCAAUGCAACAUUUAUCAGUGACAAGGAGUUUGCUUUCAACUGCUUGUGUUUUUAUAUGAUAAAUAUAUAAAAAUGUAUUGCCUUUUUUGCCAUUUUUUAAUCCAUUACAUGUAUAAUAAAAUGUAUACAAAUAUACACUCUUUUUAUAGUAAGAUCAAAAGACUACAUUGUAUUUAUUGAUGUGUGUAAGAAAUGUCCGACAGUUCUGACUAUCUGAAGGUAAUGCUGUUUAUCAUCCAUUCACACCUGUGUCACAUCAGUUAUGCUACAUCUGAUGUACAUAUGCUGGUGUGCUGCUGACAUUUCUCUUAUGUAAUAAACCUCAAACCAUGUGCCAUGUUCCAACAAUCAGUAGCCAUGGACCUAAACAGCUGCCUAGACCUCUGAACAUUAAAAUAAAAGUGUAUGUUUGUUAAAACGGCAAA